UUUCUUGAGUAUUUUAUUAUUACUGUUUCGUCAUCUCUWACGCYGCGCGUACUGACAGUACUACAACAUACGUCGGCCGGAUGUCCAACAAUAUUAUGUGGGAAACUCUCAUACUUGAAACAGUCAAAAUAAUCCAUACAAUAACCAACUUUAAGUACGUUACGAGGUUACUCAACGAGUGUUUUUAGACGUUAUCAUUUUUAAGAGAAGAAGAAAUCAUUAGGAAACACGUCAAAAUAAUUAAAAUUUAACUCUACAGUUAUUUUAAUGUAUAAUUUAUAAUACGCGUAACACAUUAUGUACAGGUUAAUAUCAGAUGCCGAUAAAAAGAUUGAACGUCCUCAACAUCCAAGGGACAAUGCAAAUAUUUUUGAAAUCAUUUCAUACAGCUGGAUGUUAAACCUGUUCAAAACAGGACGAAAAAGAGAUUUAGAAGAAGAUGAUUUAUAUGCGACAUUAAACGAUCACACUUCAUCAUUAUUGGGAAAUGAAUUAGAAAAUAAAUGGAAUUUAGAAUUGGCAAGUGCAUUUAAGCUGAAAAAAAAACCUAGCUUGACGAAAGCCUUAAUUCGAACGUCUGCUGCUCUAUAUUAUAUGUUUUAUGGUUUUUUAUUGUGCAUUGAUAAAAUUAUAUUGAAAAUGUCUCAACCUCUAUUUAUUGGAGGAAUAUUAUCGUACUUCAACUCAGAUGCUUCCAAGAAGGCUGACAUAGGAUAUGCAUACAUAUGUGCAUUUGGUCUAGUGUUAAGCAUGUUCACCUCAAUGAUCUUACAAAAUAUAACACUAAUAGAAAUAUUGCAUUGUGGUAUGAAGAUGCGAAUCGCUUGCUGUUCGAUGAUAUUUAGAAAGUCACUACGUCUAAGUAACACUGCUAUUGGUGAAACCACAGUUGGUAAAUUGAUAAACUUAUUAUCGAAUGAUGUAAGUCGGUUCGAUAGAUCUGCGACAUUUCUACACUACUUAUGGAUCGGUCCCCUACAGUCAAUUGUGGUAACUUAUUUUUUGUGGCAGGAAAUAGGCGUAUCAUCAUUAUUGAGCAUUGCCGUUAUGRUUUUAAUAAUUCCAUUUCAAGGAUGGCUAGGGAAAAAAAUUUCAGAAAAUCGAUUGAAAACAGCUAAAAAGACUGAUGAGAGAAUACGUUUGAUGAAUGAAAUAAUUUCUGCCAUUAAAGUAAUCAAAAUGUACACUUGGGAAAAUCUAUUUUCAAAAUAUGUAAAAUUUAUAAGAAAAAAAGAAAUUGAACAUUUAAAAACAUCAUCAUACAUCAGAGAUAUUUUGUCGUCAUUAGCAAUAAUUCAAACUAAGUUUCAACUAUUCGUUAGCAUUUUGUCAUAUGUAUUACUAGGAAAUUAUAUCUCCGUCCAAAAAAUUUUUGUCAUAACUACAUAUUUCAGUAUAUUAAUGCCGACAAUGACUUUUUUUUUUUGUCAAGGUCUGGGACAAAUUUCAGAACUGCGAGUAUCAAUAAAACGUAUACAGAAUUUUUUAUUACAUGAAGAAAAAGGUGAUAAUAUUAUAACAAACCAAUAUACUGUURACAAAUCACUGAUAGGUAGACAUAACGAAUUAAUAGACACUUAUAGAAAUUGUACCGAUAUAAAAGAUGAGAGUGGACAUUUAAAUCAUUAUUGUAUGGUUAUUUCGAAAGCUACAGCAAAGUGGAUAGACAAUCAAACCAGAAAUUCUUUAGAAAACAUAUCACUGGCUAUAAAACCUGGUAGCUUGGUGGCAAUCGUUGGGACCGUAGGAGCAGGAAAAAGUUCAUUAAUUCAAGCUAUUUUACGAGAAUUGCCACUUUCCGAAGGUGCCAUUCAUGUGCGUGGUGUAAUUUCUUAUGCAUCUCAAGAACCAUGGAUAUUUGCUGGAUCUGUUCAACAGAAUAUUGUGUUUAAUUCACCGAUGAAUAAGGAUCGUUAUAAUCAAGUAAUAAAAGUAUGUGCAUUGAAAAGCGAUCUUGAACAGUUUCCUUACGGUGAUAAAACAAUUGUGGGUGAAAGAGGAGUUACUCUAAGUGGUGGACAAAGAGUAAGAAUUAGUUUAGCUAGAGCUUUAUACAAAAAAGCGGAUAUUUAUUUAUUGGAUGACCCUCUUUCAGCGGUUGACCAAAAUGUUGGAAGUCAUUUAUUUAAAAUAUGCAUAAAAGGUUUUCUCAAAGAUAAAACUUGUAUUCUCGUUACUCAUCAAAUGCAGUUUUUAGCCGAUAUGGAUCAAAUUGUUGUUAUGGAAAAUGCAAAAAUAUUAUCAAAGGGUACAUACGAAGAACUUCAGGCAUCUAAUAUAGACUUAACAAACUAUAUUCAAUCUUUUAAGUUACCAAAUAAUGAAUAUAUCAUUAGUAAUGAAAGCAUUUUAAAUGCCGAACAAAAAUCUACUUUUAAACAGCACACGUCAGUGACAAGUAUCAUUUCGUCAACUAGCGGAAGUAAUUACAGUGAAAAUACAGUAGAGCCUACUAGAAUUAAAGAACCCCGAACAUAUGGAAACGUUUCAUAUGCCGUAUAUUUAUUAUAUUUUUUGGCCGGUGGAAACAAGUGCAAAAUAUUAUUUUUUAUUUUUAUCUGUAUUCUCACUCAAUCAUUGUCCUCUAUCGGAGAUUUCUGGAUAACAUAUUGGGUAAACUUAGAAGAACAUGUUUUUCAAAAUAAAAAUAAUGUGUCUACUGCAAGUAAUAUUUUGUGGAUGACAAUUUCUCGAGAGACUUGUAUAGAUGUUUUUGGAUGCAUCACAUUGUUCUUGAUUAUAAUCACGACCAUCAGAUUAAUUACAUUUGUAUCGAUCAGUAUGAGGGCUUCUAUAAAUUUACACAAUAACAUGUUYAAUACUUUAAUUAAAGCAACAAUAUACUUCUUUAAUACAAAUUUAUCAGGAUCUAUUCUUAACCGUUUUUCAAAGGACAUAGGAACUAUUGAUGAGAUGUUACCUGUAUCCUUGUUAGAUUGUAUACACAAUGGAUUGAACCUUUUGGGAGUAUUGAUUGUUGUUGGAAUUAUCAAUAUAUACCUCAUGAUUCCAGCUAUCAUAUUAGCAUUUAUUUUUUACAAAAUCACGGUAUUUUAUUUAUCAUUAUCGCGGAGUGUUAAAAGAUUAGAAGGAAGUACUCGGAGUCCUACAUUUACUCAUUUGAACGCAACUAUUCAGGGUAUAACAACAAUAAGGGCAUUUAAAGCGGAAAAUAUACUGUCUAAAGAAUUUGAUAAUCACCAGGACUUACAUUCAUCGGCGUGGUAUUUAUUUAUAACAUCAAGUAGAGCAUUUGCCUUUUGGUUGGAUUUAAUUUGCUUUAUAUAUACAACCAUAGUUACAUUUAGCUUCAUAGUAAUUAGUAACACAACAUUUGGAGGAAAUGUUGGUCUUGCUAUUUCGCAAACUUGUGGACUAGCUGGUUUGGUUCAGUUUGGCAUGCGACAAACAGCAGAAUUAGAAAACCAUAUGACGUCAGUUGAAAGAGUUUUAGAAUACACAAAUGAACCACAAGAAUAUUCGUUUGAAUCUUCUACAGACAAAUUACCUUCUUUAAAAUGGCCAUCAAACGGUAGCAUAAUAUUCAAAAACUUAUAUUUACGAUAUAGCCCAAAAGCACCAUAUGCAAUUAAUAACCUCAAUAUAAACAUAGAAUCAAUGCAAAAAGUUGGAAUCGUUGGUAGAACAGGAGCAGGAAAGUCGUCUUUAAUUUCAGCCUUAUUUAGAUUGGCUAUCAAUGAAGGUAACAUCACUAUUGAUGGUGUAGAAAUACAUGAAUUGGGACUACACGAAUUGCGAUCCAAACUUUCCAUCAUUCCUCAAGAACCAGUAUUGUUCUCUGGAACAAUGAGAACAAAUUUAGAUCCAUUUAAUGAAUACUCAGAUCAUAUUAUUUUAAAUGCAUUAGAUGAAGUAAUUAUCGUCAAGGUCGAGCUUAAGGAUGUAGUUGAAAAUUUACCUAAUGGUCUUAACACAAAUAUGUCUGAAGGUGGUUCCAACUUCAGUGUCGGCCAAAGACAAUUAAUUUGUCUGGCUCGAGCUAUAAUUAAAUGUAAUAAAAUUCUUAUACUGGAUGAAGCCACCGCUAACGUUGAUCCACAUACAGAUGCAUUGAUACAAAAGGCUAUCAGAUACAAAUUCCAAACAUGUACAGUCUUAACAAUUGCACAUCGAUUAAACACUGUAAUUGAUUCGGACAAAGUCCUUGUUAUGGACAAAGGAACGAUGAUCGAGUUUGACCAUCCUUAUAUUUUAUUGCAAAAUAAAGAAGGAGCUUUUUACAAAAUGGUGGAACAAACAGGACCUGAUACAUCUGAUUUUUUACAUAGAUUAGCUGCAGAGAGUUAUCAUUCUAGAAGUUGUAUGGCAGAAACAAGAUCCGAAUCAAUAGUCAAUGAUGCAGAUGAAAUUUCAACGGCAAAUGUAUAAUAUUAUUUUUCAUAAUGUCACAUACAUAUUAUUGUAUGUAUUAACCUUCAACUUGUAUAAUUAAAAACCAUUAUACAUAUUAAACAUAAUUUGUUUCAAUACAUUUCACUUACAAUAUGUGUGAUUGAGGGUUAUCGUGUAUAA